CCUCAGUUUUUGACAUCUGUUAGUUUAGGCAGGGGUGUAUUCAAGGGGGCUGGGCCAGAACUAAUGCAGGAAGUUAUUUUGUACACAUUUUCUCUCCACUCAAAUCCUCUUCCUUUCUUUCUUGAAACCGUAGGGUUCUCCAACUUCAACAGCAGCAAGAAUGCUCCCAUUUCAGGCCGCUCCAGGACAGUUUGGGGAUGAGGUCAGGCAGCCGGGACUGAGAUGUUGGCGAGUGGAAAAGAUGAAGGCUGUUCCUCUGGCCCAAGCUGAGGUGGGGGCUUUCUUCAACGGUGACUCCUACCUCGUGCUGGAUAACCGAGGUGACCAGGGAGCAGACCUCCACAUGUGGAUUGGAGAAAAAUCAUCUCGUGAUGAGCAGGUAGCUUGUGCCAUGUUGGCUACCCAGCUGGAUAACUUCCUGGGUGGAGAUCCGGUCCAGCACAGACAGGUUCAAGGCUAUGAGUCCCCAGAGUUCAUGAACCUCUUCCCCCGAGGUGUCAGCUACAAGGAGGGAGGUGUGGAGUCUGGCUUCAGAAAAAGCCAGUCUGGAUCUGGACCCGUUCAGAGGUUAUACCAAAUCAAAGGGAAGCGUAACAUCAGAGCCAAAGAAGUGGAUUUGAGCUGGAAGAGCUUUAACAAAGGGGACUGCUUCAUACUCGACCUGGGCGAGACGAUUGUGUCAUGGAUAGGAUCUCAGGCAAACAUGUUUGAGAAGCAGAAGGUGAGGGAGAUCGCCGCUCUGAUAAGAGACACAGAGAGACACGGCAAAGCCCAGAUCACUAACAUCAGUGAGGGAGACGAGACUCAGGAAAUGCUACAGGUUCUUGGUCCAAUGCCAGAGCUGAAAGAAAGCACUCCAGAGGAGGACAGCCAAGCAGAUGCAUCCAAUAUUGCCUCCCUCUACAAGGUCUCAGAUGCAACAGGGUCGAUGAAGUUGACCAAGGUGUCAGAGAAAAGUCCAUUUGCCAAGGACUUGCUGGGACGUGAUGACUGUUUUAUCCUGGACAGUGGGGCCAAUGGAAAAAUCUUUGUUUGGAAAGGAAUGGGAGCCAAUGCAGAAGAGAAGAGGGCAGCUCUGAAAAUGGCAGAUGACUUCAUUCAGCAAAUGAAUUACGCCAAGAUGAAAACACAGGUGGAGAUUUUACCACAAGGCAGAGAGACUGUUAUCUUUAAACAGUUUUUUCAAAACUGGAAUUAAACUGCAUUUCAACCGCAUAAACUGUAUUCAACCAGCUGUAAUGCACUUAAAUAAGGCCACAGAGAUACUACAUUAUAAACAAAUGACUGUUUUAUCAAAUAAGAUCAGCUUUUAAAAAAUGCAUAUGAGUGAGAGAGGCUUUACUAUUUGUCUGUUACCACAUUUUUAUGGCUUUUAAAAGAUGUUUAUAUUGAUUAAUACAAAUUUAAAAGAGCUUUUAACUAUUUUCCCCUAUUUUGAUUGAGAAGUCAAAACUAUUUUGCAGCCUUCAUAUUGACAAACCACUGAGUAGAUACUACUUCUACUUAAAAUCAUUAUAAUGCUACUAACCAUUUUCAAGCCAACGCACAAUUUCACAGCCUGCUUCCUUUUUUAUUUUUACUCAUUUUGUGUAUGGCAAUAUGCAUGGCAAUAAAAAAGCAUAUAUGCAAAAACA